CAAGGAUGCGCUUAUGUCAGCACGAAGUAUUCCAAAUCAGCCCUCCACCGACUUGUGGCAGGAUCGCGCUUGCUUCAGGAAAUCAAAUUGGGUCAAAUUGCUAUCUAAUUGGAACUGGGCUCCGCUAGAAAUCCCUAGCUUAUAUAAAACCCCAUGGCAGGGAUCUGUUGGCUCCCCCGCUGUGUGUGGCGCUGUCUUCCUUUCAUCCCAUUCACUCCCUACUUAUUACGGGGACUUUCUUCUUUUUUUUCACAUAUAUAAGCCCUUAUCGCAGGCCUCCUGAAUAUUUCUCCAUUAACAAUGAGUUACUGGAAUCCCAUCAUGACUGCACCGGCCAGUAGAGCCGCAGAUCCACUGCUGCACCAGGAUUUAUAUACAGACCUUUUGACCUUUACAUUCUGCGGACCGACACCCUAUAAUCAAAACCAGCCCUUAUUUAUCGAUGCCGAGGAUCCUUCCCGUUCCUUUACUGCGGCACAAUUCCGACAAUUAGUCCGGACUUUGAUUACUGGUUUGAAGGCGCAUAAUGUGCGACAGGGAGAUUGUGUCUUGCUGCAUUUGGGGAAUAGUAUCUUGUACCCUGCCCUGUUCUUCGGCAUCAUCGGCGCUGGAGGUGUGUACAUGGGCUCGAAUCCUCGCAGCCAGCAACAAGAACUGGACCAUAUCGUUGGCCUUGCCGAACCCAAAUUGAUACUUACCACUCGCGACGCAUUGCCAACGGUUAGAGAAGUUGCCGCUGCCCGUGGAAUUGCCCCAGAACAAAUAUGCGUGGUCGAUGAUCGUGCCGUCGACCAUUGCGCCCAGUUAUUCCUGUGGUACGAAUUGGGAUAUUCGGCGGGCACGGAUUUCUUUGCCAAUGCCGGUGGUGAUAAUGGGCGCAACCUCAAUUUUGCCAAUAUGCUCUGCUAUGGUGAAAGUGACUGGCUGAUGUUCACGGAUCCCAUGUCGGCACAGAAAACACCGGCCGCCAUGUUCUCGACUUCCGGCACUGGAGGUCUGCCCAAGGCGGCCAUUCUGUCUCAUCAUGCAAUUGUGUCCCAUCAUCGAUCGAUACACUAUGACGUGCCUUAUCCAGUCAGCCGCUUGAUGUCUCUUCCCAUGUUCCACCUCUUUGGCGCACUAUGGACUCAUCUUUUCCCGGUUCGCUAUGGCCACCCGCUCUUUGUCCUGUCGCGCUUUGAGACAAAGCAAUUCCUGGCGACAGUCCAUCGAUUCCAGAUCUCCGAGACAUACCUAGUCCCCGCUAUAAUUCAUACUAUCAACCGCUCCCCUUUGCCAGUCUCUGACUAUCUUGGCUCACUACGCUACGUGGGUGUAGCGGGAGCCCCCAUUGAUGCGCCAUCGAUGGUGCAGUUCCGAAGUCGUCUCCACCCUAUGGCAUAUGCAUGCCAGCUGUGGGGAAUGACUGAGGUCGGUGUUACGUUCCAAACCCGCUAUGGUCAGCACGGAGAUCCUGGCAGUAUUGGGACUUGUCUGAGAGGAUACGAGGUGCGCCUUGUAGACCAUGACGGCAACGUUGUUCGGAGUGAUGAGCGUGCGGGUGAACUCUAUGUGCGGGGUCCUGGCCUGCUCAUGGCAUACAAAGGCCGCACCGAUGCGAAGGAUGCACAGGGCUGGUACCGCACCGGCGAUGUCGCCUACAUGAAGCAAGGUCAUUACUUCAUCGUAGGGCGGACCAAAGAACUCAUCAAAGUGCGAGGAUGGCAAGUCGCCCCAGCUGAGGUUGAAGGUGUCCUGCUCCAGCAUCCCGGAAUUUCCGAUGUCGCUGUCACUGGUGUGAAUUUGAAGGACGGUAGUGGCGAGGUGCCCCGAGCAUUUGUGGUACGAUCUCGCGAUCCAUCUGUGAGCCGCUUGACGGCGGAAGAAGUGUAUAACUUCGCCCGUGAACAUCUGGCCAGUUACAAAUCGCUAGACGGCGGUGUGGUCUUUGUGGAAGAGAUUCCCCGUACGGCGAGUGGGAAAAUCCAGAGAUUCAAGCUCUCGCAGAUGAAUGACUACAGGGAGAUGGUUGCCUCAUUGCUCCAACGCUUCGAAGGCGAAGGCACCUCGGCACUAGCUCGUGCACUACCUACCAGUGCGGACGUUGCGCCCGUCGGCGUUGCUUGAAGGCGUGUCAUCAAACUAAUCUGUUUCUUUUCUUUAUUUUUUGCAAUUCGGAGGUUUCGAACAUCACAAAUUUCUCUCGUUCGAUUUUGUUAUCAAUUAUUAGGUGUUCGAUGGAAUUAUUGUUGGUGUUGGGUCUGUGGAGACGGGCGUUUUCAGUCCUCUACUUUUGCUAUUUCGGGCGGUUUAUUGGCACGCAUGGCCCGGUGGGUGCUUUGUUUUUUGACAUGUUUCUUACGAUAAUAACACAUACGAUUCAUAAUCUACUGCUGUACCGGCUGCUCCGGCGGAUGCAAUCUUGGCAGUCCUAUACAUCGAGAAAUACCAGAUUAAGUGUCCA